GGGUACCAUAUAAAAGUAUGUGUUGUUGAUGAAAUGAAAAUAUUGUAUCAAGAGUUUUUGUAUUAGUGAGUAAAAAUAUAAAUUACAAAUCUACCCCGGACUUAGCAAGAUGAAAUUGAACACAUCACUUUUUAUAUGUUUAUUUUUUUCUGCUAUAAUUGCCAUUAAGGCAAAUGGAGACGACUACGAAGAAUACGACGAAGAGUACGACGACGGCGAAAACAGUGAGAACGGGGUAUUGUCGGAAGGGGAAGAACAACAGGAAGCUCAAAACCAAGCCGACUACCAGGACGAGGAAGAACCCCAAACGUACGAAUUUCAGUACAAUCCCAGCCAGCGGCUGGCCGAGAUGGAGCAAAACCUGCCGAGUAGCGCUCAGGCGGUCAUCCCGGACGGCAAGGUGAAGGAGACCUUUACCGACAUGUUCACGACCGCGAUGAACACGGACGUGGCCAAGACCGGGCUCGCCAACGUCGAACACGAGUGGCGGCUGAUGCUCGACGGUCCGGAAGCGUCCCGGGUGAUCGGCACGGUCGGCCAGAACGUCAACAAGAUCUUCACGUCCGUCGAGGGCGCGGACAUGCUCAACAUGCUGGCCACGACCGCGCGCGUGCUGCUGGCCAGGUCCGGAGAGCAGAAGAUGUGCCCCGGGCUGGCCACCAUCGUCGGGUUGACGUACUCGCUGUUGACGUCGGACAUCACGCCCGAGGUCGUCAACAAGGCUGGCGGGCUGACCAUCACGGCCGUGAACAAGCCCAGAGCCGCGUUGUUCACCAAGACGCUGUGGGACGAGAUCGUUAAACUCGUGAACGAGAAGAACAUCAGCGAGAAACUGAAUAAGUAUUUCAACAACAUAGUGUCCAUGAUGAAGUCCAUGGGCGGAAUCAACAAUCAGAACGGCAGGCAGUUGAGACGUCAACGUAGUUAUGCGUAGUCGUAAUAAAAUGAUAUAAUAUAUCGUUCAAGUACAUACAAUUUUAUAAUAGGUAUACAUUUUACAAACGGUAUAUACUUACCUAUGUAUAUAUAUUUAUAUGAUUUAUAAUUUAUAUGACGGUGUGACAUAAUUAUAUAUUUUGAUCUAUUUAGAUGUCAUCGAAAUUUUAUAAACACAACAUCGCGGCACCAUCUACACACACAGACACAUAUACAUUUCAAUAAGUCAUCACCGUUUGUACUUUGUUAUAAUAAUGCAGAAAUUAUGACUAUUGUUAUUAUUAUGAUUACCUACUACUAUUGUUAUGAUACAAAAAAAAAUAUAACAUAAGCUAUUAUA